AUGGUCAGCUCAAGCCGUCCAGGUUCUUCCUCCGAGGGUGCUGCCGGCGUUUCGCCGCCCGGUGCUCUUUUCGAGGAUCCUGAGCGUGUCAAGCUGAUCAACAAGAUUGCCGAUGGACUGAACACGUUGAAAUCUGAACUCGAUACCAUAAAAAAGUUCAAAACCUCUUAUGCGUGCUUGUGGCUUGCUGACAUGGAGAAGCUACGGUUUUUGGUUGAUCGACAUCUCCCGGAUGAUGGACUGUAUGAGCCUUUUGAGCUCUAUGACAAGCUCUGUCGCAUUGAGACCAAGGGCAGAAUAGGUCAAAAAUGGCAACAAGACAACCAACCUGACUCAAGGGCUCCAUCUGCUCCACAGACACCAAUCAAGGAGGCUCCACCCUUGUUCCUGUCCUCCUCUCCCCCCUGGCCCGGCGAUUCCACAUCUGGGCCUCCCAGUUCAACUCCGCAACGCCAGGGCCCACCCCUGUCUGUCCAAGCGGCAGGAAGUCCUGAUACAUCGCGCAAAAGACCAGGUGAACCUCUGGGCACGCCCAAAGCGGCGAAGAAGCCUAAAAUAUACGAAGACUUCGGGGAUAUUAGUAAGGAGCGCGACAAAGCCUGCAUUCUCACGAAAUACAACAAAGACAUCUGCCAAUCAUGCCAUUUGUACCCAUAUUGCCUGAAUAAUGAGAAGACAAAGGAUGUGGAAAGACUUUUCCAGGCACUGAGAGAUUUCUGGAGUGAUGAAAGGGUGAAUAAGUGGCAUGAUGCUGUCUAUGGAGAUGCCUCCAAGACUGCAAAGCUUGAAAAUUUCAUAUUGCUCAGCCUAAAUGCACAUCAGUUACACACAAGGGCACUGUUUGCCCUUGAGCCUGUUGCCAAGGAUGAUGAUGGGAAGUGGCUCAAACUUAGGUUCUGGUGGCUGAAAAAACAUGACCAUCAAGGAGGUGUUACAUUUACUGUUCCCCCACAACUUCCCCCAGAUUUUCGCCCAAAAGAAUAUGCAGUUGGUCUGCAUAAUGUCAUCAAUGAUCAUGCACUCGUCUCUGGUGAAGAGAUCAUGCUUGAGACGCAUGAUCCAGAGACUCAUCCCCUCCCAGAUACUCGGCUCCUUGAAAUGCAGUGGAUCAUGAAUCGUGUGAUUGCCAUAAGGGGUAGCGCAGAACCGGAGGACCUGGCGGAUGAUGAGUCGGAUGUAGACUCCGAUGGCGGAUUUGACUAUUUCGCCAGGCCUGUGCUGCAAUCCCGGAGUCUUCCUGGUUAA